UCCUCACCCUCUCCUCUCACUUUCUCUGCCUGUAGGCCUUUCUUUUCUGUUUCUGUCUUUGCACCGGCAGCAUAGAGAGUCGCGAGCGAGCCGUUCGCGCCUGCAGCCUUUGAUACCCCGAUAGAUUUCUCUGUCUUUCACCUCGUUCCGGGCGUCCCAGACCGCCAUUUAAGCCUCGCCCGCUUUAUCUGCGCCCACAAAGCGCUCUCUCAACCCCGCCAACCUCCAAUUCCGAUCGCGGACUGCACUCGACACAGCUCGCAAGAAUGGCACCCGCUGCAACUGACGCCGCGCCGCACACCGCGAAGACGGUGAAGUCCGAGAACUCCAAGUCCCUCAAGGUGCUCGAGGAGCUCCUCGGGAAGUUGACCAUUUCGAAGGCCCAGGACGAGAUCAACGCCGCCGCGCUUGACCUCGCCACCUUCAUCAACGGCGACAUCGAGGAGGGCGAUGCCCCCACAAAGGCUGUUGAACUGCUGAAGAAGCAGCUCGGCAACAAGAAGGAUGCUGUCGCCCGCGAGCGUGCGCUAGACGCCAUCCGCGCCAUCGCCCAGCACUCCACCGUCUCCCCCGCCGUCGAGCCCUACCUCGUUGCCCUCCUGCCGAACACGCUUGCCGCGGUGGCAGACAAGAUGAGCGCCGUCAAGGUCGCUGCCCAGACUGCCUCCGAGGCCAUCGUCAGCGGCGCGAACCCGAACGCCGUCAAGGCCAUCAUCCCGCACAUCAUCCACUCGCUCGAGACUACACUGAAGUGGCCCGAGAAGAUGACCGAUCUGAAGUGCAUUGAGAUCCUCUGCAAGAGCGCCCCCGCUCAGACGGCCUUCCGCGUCCCCGACCUAAUCCCCGUCAUUUCUGGUGCUAUGUGGGACACCAAGCCUGAAGUCAAGAAGACUGCGUACAGCACAAUGGAGAAGCUCUGCGCUCUGAUCUCCAACAAGGAUAUCGAGCGCUUCAUUCCCGAGCUUAUCAAGUGUAUCGCUAAGCCAGAGAACGUCCCCGAGACCGUUCAUCUGCUUGGUGCUACCACCUUCGUCACCGACGUCCACGAGCCGACCCUGGCUAUCAUGGUGCCCCUGCUCGAGCGCGGUCUCGUCGAGCGCGAGACUGCCAUCAAGCGAAAGUCGGCCGUUAUUGUCGACAACAUGUGCAAGCUCGUCGAGGAUCCCCAGAUCGUCGCUGCUUUCCUGCCUAAGCUGAUGCCCGCCCUCGAGAAGAACCACGAGACUCUCGCCGACCCCGAGGCCCGUGAGAAGACCCGCCAGGGUCUCGACACUCUCAUCCGCGUCGGCCACGUCAAGGAUGGCAAGAUCCCCGAAAUCUCCAAGGCCGGUGACAUCGCCACUGUUGCGGCCAACCUCAAGGCGGUCAUCCCGUCAAAGCACAAGAUUGACGCCAAGCUCGACCCUGUGGUCAACUACAUCGGCGCCAUCGGCGGCCAGCUCAUCGACGAGAAGGACCACGAGCUGAUCAGUUGGCAGAGCAACUGCGGCCCAUUCAUCGCCACCCUCGUUGGUGAUGACGACGCCAAGUCUGUCGCCGACGCUCUCCGCAAGAAGUCCGCUCCCGGCGCUGCUGAAGAGGACGAGGCUGAGCCCGACGAGGAGGAGGGCGAGGAUCUCUGCAACUGCACGUUCAACUUAGCGUAUGGUGCUAAGAUUCUCCUCAACCAGACUCACCUUCGCCUGAAGCGCGGCCAGCGUUAUGGCCUGCUCGGCCCCAACGGUUCCGGCAAGACCACCCUCAUGCGCGCCAUCAAUAACGAGCAAGUCGAGGGCUUCCCUAAGCAGAACGAGGUCAAGACUGUCUACGUUGAGCACGACCUCGACUCUGCCGACACCGAGCAGACUGUCAUCGAGUGGACAAUGAAGAAGUUGAGUUCCGUUGGCAUCGAGAAGCCGCAGAGUGAGGUCGAGAACACGCUGGUCGAGUUCGGCUUCGCCAAGGACCAGCUCGUUGGCCCGAUCACCUCCCUCUCCGGUGGUUGGAAGAUGAAGCUCGCCCUCGCUCGUGCCGUGUUCGAGGAGCCCGAUAUCCUGCUUCUCGACGAGCCGACGAAUCACUUGGACGUCAAGAACGUGAAGUGGUUGGAGGACUAUCUAAUCAACUCGCCUUGCACGUCCAUUGUCAUCUCUCACGACAGCAAGUUCUUGAACAACAUCAUCCAGCACGUUAUCCACUACGAGCGCUUCAAGCUGAAGCGCUACCGUGGUAACCUCGAUGCUUUCGUCAAGCGUGUGCCAUCCGCCCGCUCUUACCACGAGCUCGGUGCCUCCGAGAUGGAGUUCAAGUUCCCCGAGCCCGGUUUCCUUGAGGGUGUCAAGACCAAGGCUAAGGCCAUUGUCCGUGUCAACAACAUGACCUUCCAGUACCCCGGUACCUCGAAGCCUCAGAUUUCGGACAUCACCUUCCAGUGCUCGCUCGGUUCGCGUAUUGCCGUCAUCGGCCCCAAUGGUGCCGGCAAGUCUACUCUCGUUAAUGUCUUGACCGGCGAGCUUGUCCCUACAUCUGGCGAGGUCUACCAGCACGAGAACAUCCGUAUCGCCUAUAUCAAGCAGCACGCCUUCGCCCACAUCGACCACCACUUGGACAAGACACCCUCUGAGUACAUCCAGUGGCGCUUCCAGACUGGUGAGGACCGCGAGACCAUGGAUCGAGCCAACAAGAUCGUCACCGAGGAGGACGAGAAAGCCAUGGACAAGAUCUACAAGAUCGAGGGCACUUCCCGACGUGUCAUUGGUAUCAACUCCCGUAGGAAGUUCAAGAACUCCUAUGAGUACGAGUGCUCGUUCGCUCUGGGUGAGAACAUCGGCCAGAAGAACGAGAGGUGGACGCCAAUGAUGACUGCCGACAACGCCUGGAUUCCUCGCAAUGAGCUGCUCUCUUCGCACGCUAAGAUGGUUGCCGAGGUUGAUCAGAAGGAGGCUCUCGCGAGCGGUCAGUUCCGCCCCCUGGUCCGCAAGGAGAUCGAGUCGCACUGUGCCAACUUCGGUCUCGACACUGAGUUGGUCUCACACUCCCGCAUGCGUGGUCUGUCUGGUGGCCAGCGUGUCAAGGUCGUCCUUGCUGCUUGCUCAUGGCAGCGCCCGCAUUUGAUCGUCCUUGACGAGCCCACUAACUACCUCGAUCGCGACUCACUCGGUGCCUUGUCCAAGGCCCUGAAGGCCUUCGAGGGUGGUGUCAUCAUCAUCACCCACUCCGCCGAGUUCACCAAGAACCUUACGGAGGAAGUCUGGGCCGUUAUGGAUGGCAAGAUGACGCCGUCUGGUCACAAUUGGGUGCAGGGUCAGGGCUCUGGUCCGCGGUUGCAGGAGAAGGGUGAGGAAGAAGAGAAGUUUGAUGCCAUGGGUAACAAGAUUGAGGGUGGGGGAAAGAAGAAGAAAUUGUCGAGCGCCGAGAUGCGAAAGAAGAAGAAGGAGCGCAUGGCGCGUCGCAAGCGCGGCGAGGAGGUUUUCUCCGAUGAGGACGAUUGAGCAGCUGACGGGCGAUGAAAAGUUUCCUUUUGCUUAUGCUCCCGAGAUGUGCAUGCUGGCUACCGCCUGAGACGUUGCGACGCCAGCCUACGACAGUAAUGCGAGCAGGAGCGGUCAUGGUCGGCGUCUGGAUAUGAAAAUUAUCAUGAAGGCUUUACUAAGCUUUUGUUGACGGUUGCAUCUCGUAGAG